AUUGUAGUUGUUCUGUCAUUGUCAAAUUGUUUUCUGUUGUUGUUGCUUCACAGUUCUUCGCGGUUUGUGUUACUUUGUCUAAAGCACCUUCUAGUUUUCUGCAUGCUACCAGUUUUUCUUAGUUUUCCUAAUAUAAAUGCGAAUGAUAAACAUCAAACUUAAGUGGACAGUCGCCUUCGGCAUAAGAGAGUAGUUUGUAGGUUCGUGAAUGAUAUCGAAAGAAAUAUUGAAGAUAUCUAAAUUACAGCCGAAUACUGAAUUAAUUGUAGACAACAUACAAUUGAUUCAUUAAAUACAAAUACAUUAAAUAACCAAAUCAAAUUAGUUUUAAUACUCACACUGCAAUUAUAGAUAAAGUUAAUAGAACGUCUUUCAAUGGAUAAAUCAAGAUUUUCUUUGUUAUUGUUAGAGCCCGGCGAAAUAUAUUUUGAAGAUUUCUCGUGCACUUUGAGUGACAAAGAAUCGGUGAAAGUCGACAGCGCAAGGCAAGGCUGGCUAAAGCUUUGUUCUAAAUCUCUUGUGUUUGAACCCAGAGACUGGGCUUACCCACUUGUGAAGCUGCAAUUCAAGGACUGUGAUGCUCUCUCUGUUGUCAAAUCACAUGAUGACUCAAACUAUAUAAUUAAAAUAAAAAUUAAGCAAUUUGCCGAAAUGCUUGUGGAUAAUGUAUUGGCGCCAUACAAAUUUAUUUAUGAGAAGAAAGACUUUUUCAUAUUUUUUCAUUUUGCUUCCGCUGAGGAGUGUUUGUCCCAAAUGGAACAAUUGCAAAGAGCUUCAACACUGCAUGCUCCUGAACAUAAUAGUAUGGUAGCAACAAUCCUGCACUCUCGGUAUAUGAGAAUGGUAUUUGAUCCAGUGAUGAUGGAUGAUUUCACUGAAGAGAUCAUAUGUGAACUGCAGGCAGAGAAAAUAUCACCACUUGUAAGGCAUCAAGGGAAGCUGGCUCUCACUUCAACCACAAUAUACUUCCAACCUUUUAGUAAUGUUGAGAGUAGUCCUGUUUUAAAAUUGAAACUAAGCCACUUGAAGAGGUUAUACAAGCGAAGAUUUUUGCUAAGGCAAGUUGGUCUCGAGAUAUAUAGCUCAGAAGAAAGUUCCGUGCCACACAUAUAUUUGACUUUCCAGUCGGAAAGAGCUAGAGAUAGAAUAUACAAAAUACUAGAAGACUCGCCAUAUGUUAAUUUAGAAAGGGCCCAUGCUGAGGAAAUAACCCUUCAGUGGCAAAACGGCAUUGUAUCAAAUUAUGAUUAUCUAAUGUAUUUAAAUUGCCUUGCAGAUAGAAGUAAAAAUGAUCUCACUCAAUAUCCAGUUUUCCCUUGGGUCGUUGCGGACUACACAUCCGAAGUACUAGAUUUAAACAAAGUGGAAACAUUUAGGGAUAUCUCAAAACCUAUGGGGGCAUUGAACCCUGACCGUUUGGAAAAGUUGAAGGAACGAUACGAUGAAAUGUGCGAUCCCAAAUUUUUGUAUGGAUCUCAUUACUCUGCACCGGGCCUUGUGUUAUUUUAUUUGGUACGAAAAUAUCCUCAAUAUAUGUUGUGUUUACAAAAUGGCAGAUUUGAUCACCCAGAUAGAAUGUUUAAUUCAGUGAAAGAUGUUUAUAAUAAUUGUUUACGAAAUAUGUCGGACUUUAAGGAAUUGGUUCCCGAAUUUUAUGACACAGACUCUAAGGGAGACUUCUUAGUAAACAGAUACGAGAUAGACUUUGGGGAAAGGCACGAUGGCACCAAAGUAAACAACGUCGCGCUUCCGCCGUGGGCCAGUUCCCCUGAGGACUUCGUGGUUAAACUCAGGGAGGCUUUAGAAUCUGAAUACAUUUCGAGGCAUUUGCAUUUGUGGAUAGAUCUCAUUUUCGGAUAUAAACAGAGAGGAGAGGAGGCUGUAAAGGCAAAUAAUGUUUUCCACCACGUGUGUUAUGAGGGCGCCGUUGAUCUCGAGCGUGUUUACGACAUGAACGAUAGGCACGCACUAGAAGUGCAAAUAAUGGAAUUUGGACAAGUUCCAAAGCAACUUUUCACGAAGCCGCACGUUAGAAAAAUAAUCCAACGGGUGCCUGCGCCGAUGUGUUGCGUCGAGCAGAAUGCCUACUCGUAUGAAAUGGAGUGCGUGGAUGUCAUCCGGCUACAUAAAGAGGCGGUAACGUGCGCCGUGCGUCAAGGGACCAGAGUUAUUUCCGUAGGCAAAGAUGGCGCGCUCAAAGUGUACGACACGACUCAAAGGAAACAAAUUAGGAGCGUCAUUUUAUCCACCACCCCGCUGAGUUCGUGCGUAAUGGUUGGUGACAAUAUGGUCGCAGUUGGUUCCUGGGAUAAUGAGAUAUACUUGUAUGACGUAGAGUAUGGAAGAGUGGUGGAAAGCUUCCGUGCACAUGACGAUUCUGUCAGCUGUUUGUUAUGGUUAGAUAAAGAACGUCUGUUGAUAUCCGGCGGAUGUGACGGAGUGGUGCGCGUGUGGAGCCACGUGGGCCACGUGGGUCAAGCACUGCGUGGACUGCGCGUGGAGCUCGACCACGAUGUCAAAGUUACCACUGUCACAUUUAGGCGUCGCCGCAACGAAAUCGAUUUAAUAACUGGUACUAGCGAUGGAGAAGUCUUCAUAUGGGAUGUGCAGACGCGGGAGUUGACGAAGAUCUGCGCUCACAUAUCGGCCGUGAGCAGCGCUUGCCUUGUGCUGUCCGGCGACCGCGUGGUCACAGCCAGCGGCGACGGCGUCAUGAACGUCACCGACCUCAGUGUGUCACACUCGGUGUACCAGAAGCAUUUCCCCGCGGCGGUGUCGUCCCUUUGCUGGGACGGUAGCAGCGUGCUGUGGGUGGGUGGCGGCGGCGGAGAUGGUAACGGUGCGCUGCUGCAGUGGAAUCUCGUCACCGUCACGCAACUCAGCGAAAUUAAGGCUCACGAUGAUUCAAUCAAUAGUAUCCACUUUGAUGAAGGAUCGAAAACCCUCAUAACUGCCAGCAAAGACAAAACAAUAAAAAUUUGGCAGCUAAAGAAAGUUUCCUGACAAAAGUGUUCGAUUACUAUUGAAUUGACAGUAUUAUCGAAAUAUUUUAUAAUUCCUUACAAUGGUUUUUUUAUAAGAAUUUGAAAAUUGUGAUAUUUUACGAUACAUAAUAGAAUAUAAAUCUGUUUCAUGAUAAGGACAAUAAAGUUUAAAACUAAUAA